AUGUUCCGCGGUCUCCUUGGAGUAGCCGUCUUCGUCCGCGUAUGCCUCUCACCUCCCAGCAGCUGCACGAUUGGUACGAUCGCCAUCAGCGUCGCGCUUCUGCACCUCAGGGCUCUACUGCUGGGGGUUCUUUUGUUGGCGUCACUGGAGCUGGGAGUGGUGCUGGUCCUUUGCCUGCUAGAGGUGCUGGUGUCGCUGGUCCUGGAGGUGCUCGUACUUGGGGUACUAGAGCUGCUGGGGCUGACGGUGGUGUGUCUGAGGGUACUGCUGCUGGUGGCACUACGGUUGGAGACCCUAGGCCUGGAGGUGCUAGUUCUGGGGGUGCUGCACCAGGAGGGGCUGGAGGUAUUGAGGGUGUUGGAGCUGCUGGAGGUACUAGAGCUGCUGAGGGUACUGGAGCUGCUAGAGGUGCUGGAGCUGCUGAGGACGCUGGAGCUGCUGGAGGUACUGGAGCUGCUGAGGGUACUGGAUCUGCUGGAGGUGCUGGAGCUCCUGAGGGUGCUUGAGCUGCUGGAGGUGCUGGAGCUGCUGAAGGUGCUAGAGCUGCUGGUGCUGGUUCUUAGCCUCUCGUCGUCUACUGGUCUUCCGUUACAGCCUGGCUCACAUCUGCCUGCUCCUUCUCCUUACACUAAGCAGACAGGGGGCCUUGCUAUCUCACCUGUCCGUUCUGGUCGUUCCAGUCGUCGUGUUCCUCGCCAGCGUCAACCGGCAGUCCCCGACCCUUCCCUUGUAGUCCGUCGUCCUUCCUCUCCUCCGCAGCGUGUUCCUCUGCCGUCUCCUCCUACGUCUUCUCUGCCUGUCGUUACAGACCCUGAGUCUGACCGGAUUCAUGCUGAGCACCCUACUGUCACGCGUCUGCUAGCCACUGUAGUCACUGACCCGUCGUUUGAGUCUACUGCUGCGUUUGCCUUUGUCGCUGAGCUGGUUGACUUUGCUGCUGCCUGUCGUCUAGACUACGCUGCUAGUCUUGUUGCUGAGUCUGAGUCUGUCUGUCCUCCGUCCGUCGGGGUGCGUGUGCUCUUAGCACGGACGUCCUUGAGGACAGGCAGGAGGACCUCGAGUGUCUUGCGACCGCUGCGUCUCAUCUCGUGGCCAUGCUGCUUGCCAUUCUCCCCCAACCCGGAUGCACCAGACAUCCCGACCCCGCGCUCUUACGCUGAGGCGAUCGCGGGUGAGUAUUCCUCUCAGUGGCAGACAGCCAUGGACGCAGGGAUGGCAUCCUGGAAGACCAAAGGCACCUACGUUGACGAGGUUCCCCCUCUUGGGGCGAACAUCAUCAGUGGCAUGUGGAUUUUCAGGGUAAAGCCGCUGCCAGGUUCUCCGCCUAUCUUCAAGGCUCGUUACGUUGCUCGUGGUUUCAGUCAGCAAGAGGGAGUUGACUUCUUCCAGACAUUCUCCCCCAACCCGAAGAUGACCACUCUUCAGGUGCUGCUGCACGUUGCCGCUCAGCGUGACUACGAGCUUCACUCGCUUGACUUCAGCACAGCCUUCUUACAGGGCAGCCUGCACGAGGAGAUCUGGCUGCGCCGCCCACCCGGCUUCACUAGGUCGUUCCCUCCUGGUACCCAGUGGAGCCUCCGGCGGCCGGUUUACGGUCUCCGCCAGGCGCCACGUGAGUGGCACGACACACUGAGGAUGACACUUGCAGCUCUUGGGUUUGCUCCUUUGACUGCUGACCCGUCGCUGUUUCUACGCACCGACACUUCGUUGCCGCCGUUCUACAUCCUCGUGUACGUCGACGACUUGGUCUUUGCCACUGCUGACACUAAGGCUCUAGCCCUGGUGAAGUCAGAGCUGCAGAAGAGACACACGUGCACAGACCUGGGUUAG